AUGCUGACGAAGUURGAGACAAAGAGUAACAGAGUUAAGGGCCUGAGCUUCCACACCAAGAGGCCAUGGAUUCUCGCGAGUUUGCACAGUGGUGUGAUCCAGCUAUGGGAUUACCGUAUGGGGACGUUGAUCGAUAGGUUCGACGAGCAUGAAGGACCUGUUCGUGGUGUUCAUUUCCACAAAACACAGCCUUUGUUCGUCUCAGGAGGGGAUGAUUACAAGAUUAAGGUCUGGAACUACAAAACACACAGGUGCCUUUUCACUCUCCUCGGACAUCUUGAUUAUAUCCGCACKGUGCAGUUUCACCACGAGUACCCCUGGAUUGUGAGUGCUAGUGACGAUCAGACUAUCAGYAUAUGGAACUGGCAAUCAAGGACUUGUAUUUCUGUCUUGACUGGUCACAACCAUUARGUUAUGUGUGCUUCUUUCCAUCCYAAAGACGACCUUGUCGUAUCAGCUUCCUUGGACCAGACUGUCCGUGUUUGGGAUAUUGGUGCUCUUAGGAAGAAGACKGUAUCUCCUGCUGAUGACCUCCUGCGUUUGAGUCAGAUGAAUGCRGAUCUUUUUGGUGGUGUUGACGCUAUAGUCAAGUACGUGCUCGAAGGUCAUGACAGAGGAGUAAACUGGGCUUCRUUUCAUCCUUCCCUGCCUCUCAUUGUCUCUGGCGCAGAUGACCGCCAAGUCAAGUUGUGGCGCAUGAAUGAAACUAAAGCCUGGGAGGURGAUACAUUGCGUGGCCAUAUGAAUAAUGUGUCAUCUGUUAUGUUCCACGCAAAACAGGAGAUAAUUGUCUCUAAUUCCGAAGAUAAAAGCAUCCGUGUCUGGGAUGCUACCAAGCGAACUGGACUUCAGACUUUCCGCCGCGAACAUGAUAGAUUCUGGAUUCUUGCUGUUCAUCCAGAGAUGAAUCUACUGGCAGCUGGACAUGACAGUGGUAUGAUCGUCUUCAAGCUUGAGCGAGAACGUCCUGCAUUUGCUUUAAGUGGCGAUUCCCUAUUCUAUGCCAAGGAUAGGUUUUUGCGGUWCUAUGAAUUCUCAACACAGAGAGACUCACAAGUUAUCCCUAUACGACGUCCUGGUACUGCAAGCUUGAACCAAAGCCCAAGGACUUUAUCUUACAGUCCGACAGAAAAUGCAGUUCUCGUCUGCUCAGAUCUGGAUGGCGGUUCUUACGAGUUGUACAUCAUACCGAAAGAUAGCAUUGGCAGGAGUGACUUUMCGCAAGAGGCAAAGAGAGGGACUGGUGGUUCUGCAGUUUUCAUWGCCCGGAAUCGGUUUGCUGUUCUGGAGAYAAGCACCAAUCAAGUGCUAGUCAAGAAUCUCAAGAACGAGGUGGUUAAAAAGGGCACCCUGCCAAUACCUACUGAUGCUAUAUUUUAUGCCGGGACUGGAAAUCUGCUUUGCAGAUCUGAGGAUAAAGUGGUUAUUUURGACCUMCAGCAAAGACUGGUUCUUGGUGAUCUUCAAACUCCGUUUGUUAGYUACGUCGUUUGGUCGAAUGAUAUGGAGAGUGUUGCUUUGCUCAGCAAACAUACUAUCAUUAUAGCAAGUAAGAAGCUUGUCCACCAAUGCACCCUUCAUGAGACAAUCCGCGUGAAGAGUGGAGCUUGGGAUGAUAAUGGUGUAUUCAUCUACACAACUCUUAACCAUGUAAAGUAUUGUCUUCCAAAUGGCGAUAGUGGAAUAAUCAAAACUCUGGACGUCCCUAUCUACAUCACAAAGGUUACUGCAAAUAUCAUUUUCUGCUUGGAUCGAGAUGGGAAGAACAAGAUUAUUACCAUUGAUGCAACAGAGUACAUUUUCAAGCUUUCACUGCUGAGAAAGAAGUACGACCAUGUCAUGAGCAUGAUAAGGAAUUCCCAAUUGUGCGGGCAGGCUAUGAUCGCUUACCUGCAGCAGAAAGGAUUCCCUGAAGUUGCCCUCCAUUUCGUUGAAGAUGAAAGGAUUCGAUUCAACUUGGCUCUUGAAAGUGGCAACAUCAGUGUCGCUGUUGCAUCGGCUACAGAGAUUAAUGAGAAAGAUCAAUGGUACAAACUUGGAGUGGAGGCGCUUCGCCAAGGUAAUGCUAGAAUUGUUGAAUUUGCUUACCAGCAGACAAAGAACUUUGAGAGGCUUUCUUUUCUCUAUCUCAUUACUGGAAAUUUGGAGAAGCUGUCAAAGUUGAUGAAGAUUGCUGAAGUGAAAAACAAUGUCAUGGGUCAGUUUCACAAUGCCCUCUAUCUGGGAGAUGUUAAAGAGCGGGUUAAGAUACUUGAGAAUGCUGGUCAUUUGCCUCUUGCUUAUAUCACGGCUUCGGUUCAUGGUUUACAUGAUGUUGCUGAGCGAUUGGCAAGUGAGUUGGGAGACAACGUGCCAUCUUUGCCUGAAGGUAAAACUCCGUCUCUUCUGAUGCCCCCAACCCCUGUUAUGUGUGGAGGUGAUUGGCCUCUUCUCAGAGUUAUGAAAGGGAUAUUUGAAGGAGGACUUGAGAACGGUGCGAAAGGGGKUGUUGAUGAUGAAGAAGACGUUGAAGGCGAUUGGGGCGAGGGACUUGAUGUUGGUGGAAUCCAGAUUGGUGACGUGGAAGCAAUGAUGGACGAUGCAGAAGUGGCUGAUGAGGACGGUGAAGAAGGUGGAUGGGCACUUGAGGACUUAGAGUUACCACCGGAGCUUGACACACCCAAGAGCUCUGCAAACACACGCUCAUCGGUUUUCGUGAUGCCAACUCUGGGCAUGCCUGUGAAUCAAAUCUGGAGCCAGAAGUCAUCUCUUGCUGCUGAGCAGGCUGCAGCGGGUAGCUUUGACACUGCAAUGCGUUUGCUUCACAGACAGCUUGGCAUAAAGAACUUUGCUCCGUUGAGGUCGAUGUUCCUUGAUCUGUUUACCGGAAGCCAUAGCUAUCUCCGUGCACUUUCUUCUUCUCCUGUGGUGUCACUUGCCAUUGAGCGUGGGUGGAACGAAUCUGCUAGCCCCAACGUCCGUGGCCCACCAGCUCUGGUUUAUGAAUUCUCUCAGCUUGAAGAGAAGCUCAAGGCCGGUUACAAAGCCACCACGACAGGAAAAUUCACUGAGGCUCUGCGUAUCUUCCUCUCUAUCCUACACACAAUCCCUCUUGUUGUAGUUGAGUCAAGAAGAGAAGUCGACGAGGUGAAAGAGCUGAUCAUUAUCGUGAAAGAAUAUGUUCUCGGUCUGCAAAUGGAACUGAAGAGAAGGGAAAUGAAAGGGGACCCGACACGACAACAAGAGCUCGCUGCGUAUUUCACUCACUGUAAUCUCCAAACUCCUCACCUACGGCUCGCUCUCCUCAGUGCGAUGAGUGUCUGCUACAAGGCGAAGAACCUAGCCACUGCUUCUAACUUCGCUAGAAGGUUGAUAGAGACAAACCCAGCCGUGGAGAGCCAGGCCAAGACUGCGAGACAAGUUAUCCAAGCUGCCGAACGCAACAUGACCGAUGAAACGAAGCUAAACUAUGAUUUCAGGAACCCGUUUGUGACAUGCGGUGCGACAUAUGUACCGAUCUACAGGGGACAAAAGGACGUCUCAUGUCCGUACUGCACGGCCCGGUUCGUGCCAGGGCAAGAAGGAAACAUCUGCACAGUGUGUGAUCUCGCAGUCAUUGGCGCAGAUGCAUCGGGAUUGCUCUGCUCUCCUUCGCAAGUCCGGUGA